UGAACAUAAUGGUGUCCCUAUCAAAAUGGAGCACGCUUCUUCCCUUGCAAUGGACAAGAAGGGGAAGAAGAAAGAUGUUCGUUAUAAGCGCGAUCAACGCGCAGUUCGCAUCAAAUGGCCUGACCCGCCCCAGUAUGGUUAUGACGGAACCCCUAUCCUGCCGGAUCCCGAAAACCGAGACUUCAUUUUCAUCACGGAUACGGAUGACGAGGAGUUGCCUGCUAAGGCUGAGGCGACCUCUUCCAAUCCUAUCAAAAUUGACGACUCUGACGACGAUAGUGACACCAGAAUCUCAGAACCUGAGGUCGCCAUCAAGUUUAAAUCGACGAGCAACUUUGGAGCUCCCUUUGGGAGGAUGUAGAGCACUAUCCGAGGGAAACACGAGAGCUACAUAGACAAUGCCGCAUGUUGGAUGGUGUUUGGUCCUGUUAGUGGCCACGGCUAUCUUUGUUUUACUGGCAUCAACGCAGGUAGGUUGAUAGACUGGGUGUUUGAUUUCACUAGUGACAGAUUGGGCUUGGACUUUUGGUGGAAAAUUGGGCUUGGACUACUGAUGGAAAUACUUGGGAACAAUUUAAGUUUGGUGGGAUCGUAUAGGAUGUAAUUGGGUAUAUUUCCUUUGUAGGGUGUGUUUAUUUGUGCUUUGUACUUACUGGGUAUUAGUUGUUGAAUUUGAUGCUUAACCUGUUG